CAAAAGAUGUCACUGCUUUAUGAGCCUUAACCGGAAAUUGAGUCCGCCAUUUUCUUCCUUUGUAAAACGUGUUCUGCUAGGCAGAUUUUGAAAAAUGACGAAUUCGAAAGGUUAUCGUCGGGGAACUCGGGACCUCUUCUCUCGGAAGUUCCGCAAACAUGGAGUUAUUCCUCUCUCGACUUACAUGAAAGUGUACAAAGUCGGAGAUAUUGUUGAUAUCAAAGGCAAUGGGGCAGUACAGAAAGGCAUGCCAUACAAGGUUUACCAUGGAAAAACCGGUCGUGUCUUCAAUGUAACAGCUCACGCUUUGGGUGUGAUUGUUAACAAGCGUGUUGGGGGCCGAAUUAUCCCCAAACGUAUCAAUAUUCGUAUCGAGCAUGUGAACCACUCCAAGUGUAGACAAGACUUCUUGACCAGAGUGAAGCAAAACGAAAAGUUGCGAAAGGAAGCCAAGGAGAAGAACAUCAAAGUUAACUUGAAGAGACAACCGGCCCAGCCAAGGCCUGCACACAUCGUCAGUGGGAAAGUCCCAGCCGUUCAAUUGGCUCCUAUCCCCUACGAAUUUAUUGCUUAAUUUGUACGCCUUUUGUGUAAUAAAGACAUAAAACAAA